UUUUUAAUCAAGAUGUCUGCGCCCAUGUUGACACCAUCUGAUUGAGCAAAAGAACAUUGAUUUCAUCCUAAUGUUUAUGUAAGGAGGUCUCAGUUGUUUGUAAUGGAAUCUGAAAAUGCUCCACAUGUAAAAGAAACUGCAAAUGAGGAAGAGAGACAUAAUGCAGCAUCUGAGGAAUCUGUGCGGGAAGAUAACGAAACAGAAAAGAUCGAUGCUGGGGAGAGGAGGGCAGAGGAAGAGGAGGAGGGAGAGAGUGAUGAAUUGUCCCACAAGGACGCCAUGAGGACGGUGAGGGAGGACCUCGCCAUCUUAAUUCAGAAUGAUCCAUUACUGUCUGACCUUCCACCUGAGAUAACACUGGAAGAAGUGAACUCUCAGAUUGCACUGGAGUAUGGACAGGCUCUUACAGUGAAUGUACGGAGAGAGGAUGGAGAAGUAAUGCCCAUAGUGGUAGUCCAGGGAGGCACAGUGAGGGAUCUGAAGGAAGGCGUUAAAAGAUACGUGAUGCUGAAGCAGCACCGAGCAGAGGGAACUAAGUGUAUCAGCUGGCGCUACAUUUGGCGAACAUACUGGUUAUAUUUCAAUGGGCAGAAGCUGACAGAGGACAAAAAGCCAAUCAAAGAUUAUGGCAUUGGCAACCGUGAUGAGGUGACAUUCAUUAAGAGGCUGAGACAGCAAUGACAGCGCCACCUAAUUGAUCAGGAUGAGAAUUUGCCCUCCAUGAUUGAUGAGCAGACCAUUUCUGGGGUUUGUGGUAACAGCCACCUCAUCAAAUGGCAAUGGACAUGGAGCUAUUCUCAGCUCUUAGCUCUGUGGCAGUGUCUAAAACUGGGUGAAAAGGCACCGCCGAAAGCGCCACGGUCGCCACCUAUAGGUGCACAUCUAAAUGUGCAUCAAAUUGGCUGUUAGGACACUGAUUGCAGGAGGUGGACACUGUUAUGUAUUGUGCUUGAUUAGGGAAGUCUCUGCAUGGGUUUCAGUCUGUAUUAUUUCAUCAAGUGAAAAAUAGGAAACGCUGACAACCUCGAGGCUUCUACUACAACACUAUACUUCAUUCACUAGAGAGCACUUGUCAAGACAAUACAGGAGCUAUAUAAGUUACUUAAUAUAUGAUUAUUAGGCUCAAGGAAAAUAAUAGCUGAAUGGACCAGUGACCAUGUCAAAUAAAUAUGGCUAAACAAUAUUUUUUACUGACAGUCACUCUAAUAAAGAUAGGUAUCAGGGUAUCGCUGUUUUGUUUUCAAUACCAAGAAGAAAUUA